AUGACCAGAUACAAGAGAAUGUUUGCUGGUUAUUACUCAGAACAGAAUGCCAUCAUUGUGUUCGCAGCAUGUUUCCUUCCAGACAGCGACUGUGACAAUUACAGUUAUGUCCUGGAAAACCUUUUUCUGAAGGUAAAGUAUGUGAUAAGUACAUUGGAACUAAUGGUGGCAGAGGAUUACAUCAUUGUUUAUCUGAACGGCGCCACACCUCGCAGGAGGAUGCCCGGUUUUAGCUGGAUGAAAAAGUGUUACCAAAUGAUAGACAGGAGAUUAAAGAAAAACACCAAGAUGUUCAUCAUUGUUCAUCCUUCCUGGUUCAUACGGACUUUGCUGGGAAUAACCAGACCCUUCAUCAGCUCCAAGUUCAGCAGUAAGAUCAAGUGUGUGAAUAGUCUGCGGGAGCUUGGAGAAAUCAUCCCAACCGAGUACGUUCACAUUCCACCCAGCAUCAUCAAAGCCGACAAGAAGGGGAACUCGGCCGUUUGACAGAAACAAGACACCUGACUCCUGCCUACUUUCUCCCUGCAUUAUGCUGUAUUCUACCACAGCAUGACUGAAUAUGAG